CCCAUGAACGCCUUCAUGGUGUGGUCACGGGGCCAGCGGCGAAAGAUGGCCCAGGAGAACCCCAAGAUGCACAACUCGGAGAUCAGCAAGCGCCUCGGGGCCGACUGGAAGCUGCUGAGCGACGCCGAGAAGCGGCCCUUCAUCGACGAGGCCAAGCGGCUGCGGGCCGUGCACAUGAAGGAGUAUCCGGAUUACAAAUACCGGCCCCGAAGGAAGACCAAGACGUUGCUGAAGAAGGACAAAUACUCGCUGCCCGGCAAUCUGUUGGCCCCGGGAGGGGGCAACGCGGUGAGCAGCCCCGUCGGAGUGGGGCAGAGGAUUGACACUUAUGCCCACAUGAACGGCUGGACCAACGGGGCUUACUCACUGAUGCAAGACCAGCUGGGCUACAGCCAGCACCCGGGCAUGAACAGCCCCCAGCUGCAGCAGAUGCACCGUUAUGACAUGACGGGCCUCCAGUACAGCCCCAUGAUGUCCACGGCCCAGACCUACAUGAACGCCGCCUCCACCUACAGCAUGUCCCCCGCCGCCUACGGCCAGCAGCCCUCCACGGCCAUGAGCCUGGGCUCCAUGGGCUCGGUGGUGAAAUCCGAGCCCAGCUCGCCGCCUCCUACCAUCACCUCCCACUCGCAGAGGGCCUGCCUGGGAGACCUGCGGGAUAUGAUCAGCAUGUACCUGCCCCCGGGGGGGGAUGCCACAGACCCUUCCGCCCUGCAGGGCAGCAGGUUACACAGCGUCCACCAGCACUACCAGAGUGCCGGGACUGGCGUGAAUGGGACCGUACCACUAACUCACAUAUAAACUUGGCUGCUCCGGACGGCUCCCCGUCUUAAUCCCUAACCCCACCACCAUUCCCUGACUACACCGGGACGUACGGCAGUAUUGCUCAGCUUAACAGACUUAAUACUAACUUUGGAGAAGUUUUAAAAAGGAAAUCCGUUAGUUGUGUCCUUUUUUUUUUUUGUACAAAAAAAAAAAAAAAUAUUUGAGCAAGCUGUUAUUUUACUAGAGCACAACUCCUGCCUCCUAGAAGUCGCUGUGAAGUUUUCAAACCACGGCAACAUCUUUCCUGGUUUCUGCUAGGUUGGGCACUGUUUUAUUCGCUUAAAAGUUUUAAAAAACAUUUUGCAUCUUCCAGUUUGAUUUCUAGCGUUGAAAUGACAUAAAAAAAAAAAAAAAAAGAAAAACCGGCGGGGCCGGCGGGCUUUUGUUUUUAAACUCAGUUGUUCACAUUAUCGUUGUGGUUUCUUACGUGU